GGAAAUAAUUGAACCAAAUACUUAGGCCAAUGCCAAACAGCAUUAUACGCGGACUGAGAGAAGAAUUUAUAUUGGCUUGAAUAUUUCUUAGAAGUAUUUCUCGUUGAAGGAGCAGCAUUGUGGUCGACUGGAAUCUGUGUGCGGAUUGGUUGGAAUCGAGUUGUCGGUUUCUAAUUAUGGGGGAAUGUAAAUGAUUCAAGAAACGGACAUGUUGAUUUGGUCUCAGAGGCAUGGAGAAACGGCGAUCCAAAAUGGACGAUAAAUGAGGCGAAAUGCCCAAGAAAAAUACAUGUGAAGUGCCUUUACCUUUAGGAUGGGAAGAGGCAAAGGAUUUAGAUGGAAGAUCGUAUUAUAUCGAUCAUUCCACUAAGACAACGACAUGGAUCGAUCCUCGAGAUAGGCUUAUGAAGCCACUUACAUUUUCAGAUUGUGUUGGUGAUGAAUUACCACUAGGAUGGGAAGAGGUGGAUGACCCUCUACUUGGGAAAUACUUCAUCAACCACAAUUUAGGAACACAGCAAACAGAGGAUCCCAGGGUACUAUGGAAGGAUCAGCAGCAUAAUAUGAUCAAACAGUACCUGGAGUUGGCUCAAAAUGACUUGACUGCAAAACAAAAUGUCCUGUGUGUAAAGAAACAAAGAUUGAAUGUUGCAGAGGUUGAGGUCCAGUACUUGACUUCAGAGCUAGAAAAUAUGCAAAAUAAUACCACUAGUCAUCAACAAAGUGAUCAAUGUCGAUCAAAACACAACAAACAAAGCAGCGUUACUUCCACCUCAUCAUCAUCAACCACCUCUUCCAUUGCAAGUAAAUUUGAUCCAAGCCAACUAAAGCGAGAAAUACUGCAAGCUAAAACAAGGGUCGAGAGGCUAAAGGGCGAAAUGGAACAAGUUUGUGGGGAAGUUCAUCAAAAAGAAGAAGGAUUAAAAACCCUAGAACGAGUUGACCAAAAGCUCUCAACCAACGCACCACUGUCGGUCAGUGAACAAGAUACCCAAUGCGGUAACAAACUGACUAUGACUAAGGAAAAAGGGAAUUUGUUGAAUACCAGAGUUGAUACUAAACUUGGUAAAGACGAAAAUCACAUUAAAAAGACUUCAAGCACAGGAUCGCAAACAGAUCUGACUACUGAGUCCCAACUAGACAAACGAGAGCUAAAGAUGGAAUACAAAGAAUCAGUUAAAGAAGUACAAAGAUUACACGGAGAAUUAGAUCGAGUGGAAGAUCAGCUAAGAAAUAGUCCUACUGAUAAUGGAACUAAUAAUGCCAAUAUUACAACACUGUUGUUGAUUGAGGAGAAAGAGGCAUUACUGAGUGAGAUUAGAAGACUUGGUUCAAUGGUGAAAAGUGAAGAAGAAAAGAGUAAACUCGAAAACGAAAAAGAUAAACUAGCUGCAGAUUUAGAAUCAGCUAGAGAGUUGUCUCAUCGUGUCAUUGCUGACCGAAUGCAACUGAAAGCUGAGAAAACUAUCCUCGUUCAACAACUACAAGAACAGGCAAAGCUAACGAACCUUCUAGAAGUUCAGUUACGCAAUUUGUCCAAUAGUACGCUCUCUAUAUCAUCAUGCUCAAGUAAGGGUUCUUUAUCGACUGGGAGCCGAGGUUCAUUAUCGUCGAGUCGAGGUUCUUUAUCAUCGUUAAGUUACCUGGAGACAGGGCUGUUGAACAACAGUGAGCAGCCAAACCUCCGUGAGUUACACCAAAAAGUAACAGACAUGCUUCAUGUGUUCCAAUCUCCUGUACGAACCAGCGGGAUACCUACUAGUUAUGCAUCCACUUCAUCGCCCCAUCGUCCAAACACAUCAACCUGCUCACCCCAGAUGUCGUUCUCGUCACGUGACUCGCUUUCUGUGUCGUCACUGUCCCCACCGAUGUCGCCGUCCGCUUCUGAGCAAUCACCUGUUGCGUCACCUGUGCGCAUGUGCGUUUCUCAGGCAGAGACAACCGCUGGUCUUGAAUGUACGGAUACUGAACGAAGUAACGUUACUCAGGCUGAAGUCUUACCUGUACAGCAAAGAAUUCGACUGCUGUGCGCCGACUCCAGGUCUAGUGAAUCUAUCAACAAUCUGCCAUACACACCCCUUUCACCCAUCACAGAGGGCAUCGCUUCAUUCUCUUUGGAAGGCGGGGAAAACUACAUUCCUGCCAUCAGCACUAGACCAGUAACAGCAGCCGCUUCUAACGAGUCGGUAGCAGCAGACAGUGGCGUUUUCGAAGCCUCGCAAGAAAACCUCAAAGCCGCUCAAAGCAGCAGUGAUCUGCGCCCUCGAAGCUGUACAGACAGUGAAGAUGUGUGUCCGACAGCGCAAAUCAAUGUAGGACUUAAUUACGAAACCUCACGUGAGUCGUUAGUGGUUAACAUCGAUAGAGGGAAAAAUAUGAAGGAGUUAAAUGUGCCAGGAUCGCAUGCGGACUGUAUGGCACUCUACGUCAAAGUCGCACUACUUCCUGGAGGAGAGGCUUGUACGAUGGAAACAAAACUAUGUAAUGAUGUAAAUAACCCGACAUUUGGGGAACAGUUCUGCAUUCCUGUACCAGAGUCUAAAUUAUUUGGCAAGACACUUCAGCUCAAUGUGUGGUCCAUCACGAAGUUCAAAACAGAAGAGUUGCUUGGUGGAGCUCAAAUCAGCUUAGCGGAUUUCAACGUUAAAACACCAACGUCGUUUCGAUGGUGUAAUUUACUAAGUCACUCAUAUUUACAGCCAGCAUCGGCCAAGUCGAGUCCAAAGAAUCUGUUAUCACCUGUGUCACCCCAUCUCCCUCCUUACCCCGAGAGCAUCUCGGACGUGCUUGGUAUUCAGUACAAGCUUCGACCGAGUUCAUGGUGUUGUGGGGGAUCGUCUUUGAGUCUAACGUCAGCAGGAGGUGAAAUCAGCCCAGGACGUUGUGGAAGCCAAGAAAUGCUUCAAGACCAAGGAGAUAAGAGAAUGGCAUGCCGUAAAAUACAGCGCGAGCCCUCACAAGAAGACAGUGUAGUAAGCGGAGAUUCGCUGCAGGAUACAGAUAGUGACUUUGACAGAUUUCCCUUGGGGAAGCCAGCUCUCAAAUCGCAACGUCAAAGAUCACCUUUGACCAGAAAAUUCUCUGACCCGGAUCCUAUUGACCGAUACGCAGAAGACUCUCUGCACACAACUACAGUGCAAAGAGCGUUCGAUAUCAACCUAAAUAGAAGUAAUUCAGAUUGCACAGCUCGAAAAACAGACAGAAGUCCUUUUGUCAGACUUUCAGUUGAGAGGAGUAGCAUGAGGAGAAAAAAGCGCCCAGUAUCGUGGCAAGGUGUACAACAAUAUCAACAGUUGCAAAUGUUGCAACCAACGGCUAUGGACUUCUCGCGCAUGACAGACCCAAACUAUGAUUUUGAAUCGUUACAGUCUUUGCGUCAGGCUCAAAUAAAUGACGAUAUUAUGAGACUGAACCGAUUAAAGAAGCGUAUCGAAGAAGCACUUGCUUGUGGUUCAACCGAGAUUCCAAAAUCUAUCGAAGAAAGUGAGGAAUACCGGUCUUUACUUAGAGAUGUAGAGGCUCGAGCAUUAAUGCGAGGAGUCAGAAAUGGACGGAGAAACAAACAAACAGACUUUAAACUUCUUCGUGAAAAGAAAGCCGCCCAGUCAGCGUCGGCGCCUAAAGGGCUUAAAGUACCUCAAGGAUCUCCCGUAACGCGAGAACAACACUGGGUCUAAUGAAUAUUUAUGAGGGACAUUAUUAUGCUUCAUAGUGAAGCUCCUUGGUCCCAAUAUUGGACCAUAAUGAAUUUUGAUAUGAAUCUUUUCUACCGUUGAAAUAAAUAUUUUUGUGUGUAUGUAUAUACGGUAUUUGCAUAAACAAUAUUGCACAUACGGUAUUAUCCAUGCACGAUACGAUAUUCGCGCAUAAGCGCCGGGUACCCCUAUAUACGGUGUAUUUACGCACACAUACAUAUAUGUUUCUUGGAUAUAAGAGAUAAUUUGUUUUUGUGUUUUUUAAACGAAGCGCUAAAAGCGAAGGAAAAACUCCAGAUACUCGCAGUUUUUCUUGAUUUCACGAGAGAAAGGAAAAAAUAUUUUUAAAGAUAAAUAUGUACUUACAAAUCUAUUUUGGUUAUUGUUAUUUUCUUACUGUACAUAAUCUAUCUUCCUAAAAUAUAUAUCUUUAUCAUUAUCAUCUCAAAUAAAUACAUCAAGCGAC